AUGAGAAAGAACGAGUACGACUUUUAUGUGGAUGAUCAAAUCACUUUUAAUAAAUAUCAGCUUACUCUAAAGUGCAAAUAUUACACAAAAAUUACGACUUUAAAAUAGUAUUUGUUGAAAUACAUCAAAAAAAAUUUUGAUAUUAUACAUAAUGAUGUCACUCUCAAAGAAUCUAUGACUUUGGAUGAGGUUUUCUCAAGAUAUUGCUAAAAUGCCAUCAUUUUAUUUGUUGAUAAAAUAAGAUCCAAUGAUCGAUGUGUUGGUUAAACAUUCAAUUCAGUAUCAAAAUAUAAGAAGAUCAAGGCCAACUUCAAAUGA